AUGUUUGAUAAACAGCAAACAUUUCUUCUUGUGCACAUCUACCGUCCCAACAGCGUGAUAUCGGCCCAGCCUACAAAACGAGAUGAAAACAAAUGCAUCGACUUCAAACAAUCUGGUUCUGAGAACAAAGAUGAAAGCAAAUGCAUCGACUUCAAACAAUCUGGUUCAAAAGAGGUGCACUCUGCAUCUGCACAGUCCAGCAUCCAUUUAGCGGUCAUGGUGGAUUCGGCUUUCUUAAAGGGCUGUAGUGCCAUAAAGUAUCUGCCGAGCUUUCCGGUAAUUACGGACACUCAGUUUAAUGAGGCUAAAUCAGAUACAGAAAAGAUGCUGGAACUUCGUCGACAGCCCACGAUCGGUUUCUCCCUUCUUGGGGCUCAUCAGUUAGACGCAGUCUCCUGGAAGCAUCACAAACGAGAGAUUCAGCUGGGUUCCGGAACCAUGCACGCGGCCGUUACACAUACUACUGCUUCAGUGUUUAUAAUAUUCAAACCGCAUAAUUAUUUUUCCUUGUUCGAUAAUGAACUUUUAUGCUGUAAAGUUACCACUUGCCUAGCGUUAUCAAGCUCGAAGAACGUGGCUAGCAGUUUUCGAUGCACCCAGAGGGAUAAGGCUAUUAAACCACCGGUCAGGUAA